AUGGCUGAGGCUGUCACCUAUGCAGACCUGCGGUUUGUGAAGGCUCCCCUGAGGAAGAGCGUCUCCAGCCAGUUGGGACUGGGUAAAGAGGCUGACGACGAUGGGGAACUCACCUAUGAGAACAUACAAGUGCCCCCAGGGCCAGGCGGGCCCUUGAGCUUGGAUUCCUCUGGACUAAGGGACAAAGCAGGGAUCAAGUCAGAGCAGCCAACCGCGUCCUGGAGCUCCGUGACGCCACCGGCUGCCGGGCGGAUCCUGCCCUCCUGCUUGCAAUACCUCCUGCUCGGCCUGCUCCUCUCCUGCCUGCUGUUAGGGGUGGCCACCAUCUGCCUGGGAGUGCGCUAUUUGCAGGCAUCUCAGCAGCUCCAGCAGGUGAGCAGCAUUCUGGAAGCCACUAACAGCAGCCUGAGGCAGCAGCUCCACCUGACGAUAACGCAGCUGGGGCAGAGGGAAGAGGCUCUGCAGGGGUCCAGGAGAGAGCUGGCCCAGAGCCAGGAAGCAAUUCAGGUGGAACAGAAGGAUCACCAGGCUGCCAAAGGGCAGUUGCAGGCCUGCCAGUCAGACAGAGACGAGGCAAAGGAGAUCUUGCGAAGUGAAGAGGUGCAGAGGAGGGACUUGGAGCAGAGGCUGAACAGCAUGCAGGACACACUGAAGUGCUUUUUCACAUGCCCUUCACAAGACACCUGCUGUCCAGUGGGAUGGAUACUGAGCCAGAAGAGAUGCUUUUACUUCUCACUUACUCAGAAAAAUUGGGAGGAGAGCCAAACCUAUUGUCGAUCUCUGUCCUCCAACCUGGCCACAGUCAGUGAAAAUUUUCAAUAUUCACUUGCUGAUCAGCUCUCUGGGCUGCUCAACAGGUUCUUUGACUCUCGUAGCCUCUCAGGCAGAGAGGUGCCAUACCUGGUGGGCUGGAUUGUAGGGGCUGGUUCCUUAGCACCAGAACAGCCCACAGAAUGA